CUGACUACACCUCGGUUCCGGUCCCCUCGGUUUAGCGGGGAGAUCUCUUCAUGGCGCUGAAGAUCUGAGCAGAUCUGAAAGAUUUCAAGAGGCCGCUGAUCUGAAGAGGCGCUGAAGAUCUGUUUGUUUCAGAUCUGGUAGAGAAGACAGGCUCGAAGAGGAGAGGACCGCCCCCGGCUUCAAUAGAAGGGCAAGCAAUAAAUGAGGAUACACCAUCUUAGCUUUGUAGUGGAACACUGAGGCUUGCGUGAGUCAAAGGAAGGAAUGCAGUGUUAAAGUGUCACUGUCAAACAAACAUGGACCAGGGCCUGAUUCAAGCUAGAAUUGCACAAAAUUGGGUGUUCUUCGACUUUUUCAUCAGGAGUGGGUACUGGAGCAACGAAUGUGAUGGUGUUUGGCGGUCUGUCAUGGUUUGGUCUCAGGUCCCCCAUGUCUCUUCCGAGCCUGCCGCCCUUGUCCAUGCCCUUGCACCAGAUCUAUUCGCGGCGCUGGACCACAGAGUCUAAGCGGUAUUUGCAUGUGGCCAAGGAACGGAAAUGGAUGGCCCUCCAGCACAAGCAUCGCUUCCUGGAUUUUUCCCCCAAGGAGCGCGCCGAGUUGAAGCGUUACUUCGAUGAGUUGGCGGGGGAGAACAGGAAGAUCGCUUUGGAUCAGCUGGAGACGAUGUUCAUCUCACUGGGCUUGGCGGAACAUCCCAAAGAUGUGCAGGGUUGGACUGAGAGGGUCGAUGAUUUACAACUGGGAGAGCUGGACUUUGAGCAGUUCUUGGAGCUGCUGUUGAAGAGGACCGAUUCCGAUUUGGUCUCGCUCUUUCGAGAGAUGGCGAGUGGCAAGUUGGGGGAUCCCAGCUUGAACUUUCAGACCAUCAUCUCGGAGUAUCGGCGCAAGCUCAUUAUGGGUGCAGCUGGCGUUGGGAACAUCGGCCGCCAGCAGCUGGGUAGCAAGGUGCUUCACAACUUCGCAGCGCUGCAGCGGAGCCGUUGGGAGGCCCAGGCGGCCAAGGACCAAGCCCAGGCGAUGGGAUUGAAGAGUGGAGAGGCUGCUGCAGACUUCAAUACGAAUUCGACUCGUGACCCUCCUGUCGGUGGCCUGGAGAUGAUCUGGCGAGGCGUUUGCGCGGAGAAUGACCUGUGGCCCACGCGGAGCAUGGACGGAGCCGCGGAAGGGAGGACGAAGCAGAUCUUGGAGCAGCCACCCUCACCGGAGGAGAUCUUAGAGAAGGUUCACAAGCAUUAUAGUCCCAAGAAGAGUGUGAGGCCGUUUGGUACUGUGAUCAUCCCCGCGGACCUGGGGAGCUGA